AUGUUUCUGAGCCUUGUUCUGCUUCUAGCAGCUCAGCAUGUCUUGGCUGCUCCAGCUCCGCGUGCUCUGACCAUGAGCAGCAAUUCCUCCCUCAGCAAUGCGAAGGGCCUGAGGAACCUCACCACGCAGGAAGACGGGGCUGUCAGAGUCACCGAGUCCAUUGCUAUCAUCGUCAUUGCUAUUUUCAUCUGUUUGGGCAACCUGGUGAUUGUUGUCACCCUCUAUCGGAAGUCUUAUCUCCUCACAUUGAGCAACAAGUUUGUGUUCAGUCUGACCCUCUCCAACUUUCUACUCUCUGUACUGGUGCUACCUUUUGUUGUCACCAGCUCCAUCAGGCGGGAAUGGAUCUUUGGAGUUGUUUGGUGCAAUUUCUCAGCCCUGCUCUACAUGCUGAUCAGCUCGGCCAGCAUGCUUACUCUUGGACUCAUAGCAAUAGACCGGUACUACGCUGUUCUGUACCCCAUGGUUUACCCAAUGAAGAUAACGGGCAACAGAGCAGUGGUAGCUCUUGUGUACGUGUGGCUACAUUCCCUUAUUGGCUGCCUCCCUCCCCUUUUUGGCUGGUCAUCUUUGGAGUUUGACCAAUUCAAGUGGAUGUGCGUGGCGGCCUGGCAUAAAGAGGCUGGCUACACUGCCUUCUGGCAGAUCUGGUGCGCGCUGCUGCCGUUCAUGGUCAUGAUGAUCUGCUACGGCUUCAUAUUCCGCGUGGCGAGGAUUAAGGCCCGCAAAAUCCACUGUGGUAGCGUCGUCAUUGUGGAGGAGGACUCCCAGAGGAAUGGGAGGAAGAACUCUAGCACCUCCACAUCCUCUUCUGGCAGCCGAAGGAACGCUUUCCAAGGGGUUGUCUACUCAGCCAACCAAUGCAAAGCUUUCAUAACCAUCUUGGUUGUCAUCGGUGCUUUCGUGAUUACGUGGGGGCCUUACAUGGUAGUGAUUACAUCAGAGGCACUUUGGGGAAAAAACAGUAUUUCCCCUGCCUUGGAGACAUUAGCUACCUGGCUGUCAUUUUCCAGUGCCAUUUGCCAUCCGCUAAUUUAUGGAUUGUGGAACAAGACGGUGCGCAAGGAGCUACUAGGCAUGUGCUUUGGGGAUCGGUAUUAUCGCGAGUCCUUCGUUCAGCGGCAUAGGACAUCGAGGUUAUUCAGCAUUUCCAAUAGGAUCACAGAUUUGGGACUGUCUCCUCAUCUCACUGCCCUCAUGGCAGGUGGGCGGCCAUUAGGAAACAGCAGCAGCACAGGGGACACAGGUUUCAGCUGCUCACAGGAUUCAGGAACAGAUGCAAUGCUUCUUGAAGAUUAUAGCUCAGAUGGCCCCCUUGCCCCACCCUGCGUCUGUCCUCCUCGAAGGAGGAGUUCAGUGACGUUUGAAGAUGAAGUAGAGCAAAUCAAAGAAGCUGCGAAGAAUUCUGUUCUUCAUGUAAAAGCUGAAGUCCAUAAAUCUCUGGACAGUUAUGCAUCCAGUUUAGCAAAAGCUAUUGAAGCUGAUGUGAAAAUCAGCUUGUUUGGGGAGGAUGCUUUACCAGGAGCUCUGUUCCCCAUGCGAACUCUGCCAGGAAGCAGCAUGAACACACGGCGUGGCAUCAGGCCCCAUGCUAGUCAGAGGCUUCAGCUGCAGAGCAUCGAUGAAGGGAGUAUUUGA